AUCUCUGAAAUAAGCCUCCUAAAAAGGUCAAUGGGACAAAACUACAAUGUCACAGAAUUCAUUUUUGUGGGCCUUAGCCAAGAUCCUGCUGGGCAAAAAGCAUUAUUUGUCUUGUUUUCACUCACCUAUAUCGUGACAAUGCUGGGCAACUUGCUCAUUGCAGUGACAGUGAUUGCUAGCCCUUCCUUAAACUCCCCAAUGUACUUCUUUCUUGCCUGUCUGUCAGUCCUGGAUGCUCUUUAUUGCAAUUCAGUCUCACCAAAUUUGAUUAUAGACUUGUUAUAUAAUAAAAAGAAUAUCUCCUUCAGAGCUUGCAUGUUCCAGCUCUUUGUAGAGCACUUAUUUGGUGGUGUUGAGGUCUUCCUUCUGGUAUUCAUGGCCUAUGAUCGCUAUGUGGCCAUCUGCAAGCCACUGCACUAUUUGACCAUUAUGAACCAGAGGGUGUGCAUUCUCCUAUUGCUGGUAGCUGGAGUUGGAGGCAUUGUACACUCAAUGAUUCAAGUGCUGACUGUGUAUAAACUUCCUUUUUGUGGUCCCAAUGUCAUUGACCAUUUCAUGUGUGACAUGAAUCAAUUACUGGGACUUGCAUGCACUGACACUUACUUCCUUGGGAUCACUGUCAUUGCCAAUGGUGGAGUAAUCUGUGUGGGAAUUUUCACCUUUCUCUUAGUCUCCUAUGGAGUCAUUCUAAACUCUCUUAAGACUCACAGUCGGGAGGGAAGGCACAAAGCUCUGUUCACAUGCAGCUCCCAUAUCAUGGUGGUUGUAUGCUUCUUUGCUCCCUGUAGUUUUAUAUAUGCUAGACCUGUCUCCAACUUUCCAGUUGAUAAAUAUAUUGCUGUGUUUUAUACAGUUGUUAGUCCUAUGUUGAACCCAUUGAUAUAUACCUUGAGAAAUUCAGAGAUGAAAAAUUCUAUUAAAAAGCUCUGGUGCAAAACUCUAACAACAUAAAAUUGUUUACUCACUGGAUAUGUUAUUAACUAUAAAUUGAAAAUUAGAAAUAAAUUCUAACCUGGGAUGCUGUGCUCUCCUCAU